CCCUGUUGAUGAUUUCCAGUGAGAGCGAAGCGACGGGGAUCCCGACGACGAAGAAAACGACGCGGCGUGGACAGACGCACUGAUUCGUCAUGAUGCUUGCAAGGAAUGCUGACGUGGUUUACACCCGUCGGCUUGCAGAGGAUCUCAAUUCUGCCAAUCAAGACUUAACGGAAGCAUCUAACAGUCCCGAUCCCGCCUCGACUACCACGUCGAACACCAGCCAGCUGGAGGUGGCAAGCGUUGGCUCCCCUGCUCCUCCUCCCCUCAGGUCCUCAGGCCCCGUGAAGGCUGAACCAUCUGCAUCGAGUUUUUCGCCCUCCGCACUUAACGGCAGCUGUGACGAAUUCCAAUCCCUCGGGUCUCAGCCACAAGGUCCAAGUCAAAGUCAAACACACACUCUGUGUGGUCAGUCUCGGCUUCUGUGCUCUCAGCCUCCUGACUUGAAAGCCGAAACUUCCAAUUUCGGCCGAGGAGGAGGAGGAGGAGGAGGAGGAGGAGGAGGAGGUGGAGGUGGUCUUGCGACAGCUGCUUUGUCUUCCUCCGUAUCUUCUCAAACGUGGUCAGGAACAUCCAUCAUGGCGGUAGGCAAUCUGCCCUCUAGUUGGGCUGAGCAGACAGAGGACUGGGCGCCAGGGCCUGGGGUUCACGUUGUAGGGCAACAUGUAGGAGGAGGGGCUUCGUGUGGGUCAGCUAUGGCGUCUGGUGGACCAGAUGACGUGCAUAUGCCAGGGGGCGGAAUGACCGUCGAUCUGGAGACUAGUGCGGAGAUCAACCCUUGUACUGGGACCGUCGAUCAUCUCAUGGGAACCACCUCGUGGGGCGAAAUGGAUUUUGCUUCCAUGCAACCACUCCUUGCAGCCCUUUUGUCCGGGCCGUCUUCAGGUGUGAAUGCUAUUUUUGGAAAGAAGAUGCCCUUUACGCAGCCGUUGCAAGAUCCAUCUUGCGGUGGAGGCGGUGAUGACGGUGCAAGCAGCCCCUCGAUGAUGCUUCAUCACAGCAACGGUCAUCACCACCACCACCCUCAUAACGCCCCCAUGGCCAUUCCCUUGGCCUCUAUCCCCCGAUCUGCACCUGCCAAUGGUAUGCUGCCAUUGCAUCAUGUUCAUCCGACAUCCACGUCGAGCAGCGGCGACACGUCCUCUCCCCGAGGGUCAGCGUUGGGUACGGCCUCGGAUCUCCCCCUCUUUCACAUACCCACGUCAGCUCCAGCCUCCCACACUCCCUCCUCUCUCGCCUUGCCCCUAGAUCAUCAAUCUAGCAGCAGGAGCGAAGUCUCGUCCUCAGCUCUCACAGCCGCCGCCAGAAGGGAUGCGGCAGCCGCUGCCAAUCCCCAAAACCACCCACUUUUCUCUCAUCACCUCGCCAACAUCUUAGGCCGGCUGGGAUCCCAACCUGCUAAUCUGUCUGCAGCUCUGACCGCCUCCCUCUCCGAUAGGUUAGCUUCAACUAGUGGUGACAGCUGUGCUGCAGAUUGUGGUGGUCCCCACCACCUCGCUGCGUUAGGCGGAGCUCAGCAUUUCCUCCACGCCCCUCGUUCUUUUGGUGGUUUGGGAGGGAGCGGUGGAGAAGGAGGAGGUGGUGGCACAGGAGGAGAAGGAGGAGGAGGAGGAGGAGGAGGAGGAGGAGGGGGAGGAGGAGGUUGUGGUGAUGCGUUUGAUCUGCCUGUUGUGCCAGUUGCAGCUCGAUUUGGUAUUGGGGCCAGCUGUUGGGCCAGCCAAGCACAUUCGCAGGCCAAUUCGAGGCCUGGAGAAGGAGGUGGUGACAGCAUUGAACAUGCCCCUGCUCAUCUACUGCCCCCCUCCACGUCAGCUUGCCACAUGUCACGAGCUAGUGCAUUGAUGACGCAUCAGCACUCCUCGGUCCUCGCUUUGAAUCACCAAAGGGCACAACUUGAAGGUUGUGGUCCAGCCAAACUGUUCACCUCAUCAAGCAUAGAUCGAGACAGUGCCGAUUUGAGUCCGGAUAGCGCAAACACGCCACAUGCUGCUUCAGAUCAUCUUCAUCAUCAUCAUCAUCACCACCAUCAUCAUCAUCCUCAGGCUCACUCCAUGCCCCCCCAUCUUCAUUUCUCCGCUUUGGCAGCCGCCUCCCCUCCUCCGGCUCCUCUACCCACCAGCCACCAUAGCCAUCCGCAUCAACACCAUCCGGGCUCUCUGCUUCUCGACGGUCAUCUAGCCUCCUACCCUCGCUUGCUCUCGCUAGGAGUCAAUGUAAAGCCAGAGCCUUGUCACGGCAGCCCGCUAGGUCCUUGCUCAGACAUCUCCACGCAUGCGGGACAUGGAGGGGGAAGCACGUUUCCCACAACCUCUGGGAGGUUCGCAGCAGCCAAGGGACUCGGUGGCACCAUCACCUCCUCCUCCCACCACAACACCAAGAGUAACCCGACCAGGCCUUCAGAACGUAUGACUGAGAUCACCUUGGCAGAGCUCUCUCGAUACUUUCACAUGCCCAUAACUAUGGCGUCCAAGGAGUUGAAAGUCGGUUUGACUGUUUUGAAAAAGCGUUGUAGAGAGCUGAAAAUUCCCCGAUGGCCUCACCGCAAGGUUGGUUUUCCUUUGAGAUGUGGUGCUGCUCAAUUGCUUGCUCGAAUUUAUUUAUUUAGUAUUUAGUAUUUACAUAAUACAUUUCUUUAUUUACAUAUCACGCACGAAUAUGUGAAUA